UACACUGCCGGAAUCUUAUAGAAGAAGAAGAACGACAGAGCAGGAGGAAAACAGGAAGUCCCAGGCAGGAUUGUUUACAUUCCAGAUUCGGUAAAAUGAGUGAUUUGGAGGAAGAGGAGGACUCUCUGUCCAUGAAGAGUGACUUUUCCAAAGAGGAACCUCCAUUCUUCAGUAAAAAACCAGGACCUUCAGACACAAAACGGAGAGCAGAGUCUCCACUAUCCAGUGCUCUGUCCAUGAAGAGUGACUUUUCCAAAGAUGAACCUCCAUUCUUCAGUAAUGAACCUGGACCCUCAGACACAAAGAGUUAUGGGAAACGGCUUCUACUACAGAGAGCAGAGUCUCCAGCGUCCAGCUCUCUGUCCAUGAAGAGUGACUUUUCCAAAGACGAACCCCCAUUCUUCAGUAAUGAACCAGGACCUUCAGACACAAAAGACAAAAGGAAACAGAGUCAUGUUUUCAUGGUUGAACAGCUGUCCGGCAACAGAGCUGGAACAAGAGCUGGACUGCAGACAGCCAGUCAGACCAGCACUGUACAAAAUCGUGUUCAGCAGGAGGUGUCAGUUGAACAAAAAAUCAGUCUGAAAAGCAGAUUUGAACGUGUGGCUGAAGGAACUAAUGAAAUAGGAAGUAAAACCCACCUCAAGAAGGUCUACGUUACGAUGUACAUCUCAGAAGGACAGAGUGAAGAGGUUAACACCCAACACGAGGUUUGGCAGCUUGAAGCAAAUUCCAAGAUGAAGAUCCUCCAUCAGACUUCAAUCAAGUGCCACGACAUCUUUAAAGCAUUACCUGGCCAACAGAAAAGCAUCAGAGUCGUUCUGACGUGUGGCGUCGCUGGCAUUGGAAAAACCUUCUUAGUGCAGAAGUUCUGUCUGGACUGGGCCGAGGGUUUGGAAAACCAAGAUAUCAGUCUGGUGAUCCCACUUUCGUUCAAGGAGCUAAACUUGGUCAAGGAUCAGCAGUACAGUCUUCUGGAGCUGCUCCGUGUUUUCCAUUCAGCAUUACAGGAGGUCACAGCAGAGCAGCUCGCUGGCUCUAAAGUUCUCUUCAUCUUUGACGGCCUGGAUGAAAGCAGACUUUCACUGGAUUUUCAGAACAGGGAGGAGGUUGUGUCUGAUUUCACACAGAAGUCAUCAGUCAACGUGCUGUUGACAAACCUCAUCAAGGGGAAGCUGCUUCCCUCGGCUCUCGUCUGGAUAACUUCCCGACCUGCUGCAGCCAAUCAGAUCCCUCCUGCGUGUGUUGACAGGGUAACAGACGUACAAGGCUUCACUGACGCCCAGAAGGAGGAGUACUUCAGGAAGAGAGUCAGUGAUGAAGAGCUGUCCAGCAGAAUCAUCUCCCACGUCAAGACAUCCAGGAGCCUCCACAUCAUGUGUCUGAUCCCAGUCUUCUGCUGGAUCACUGCUACAGUUCUGGACCACAUGUUGACUACAGACCAGAAAGGAGAGCUGCCCAAGACCCUGACUGACAUGUACUCACACUUCCUGCUGGUUCAGACAAAGAGGAAGAAGCAGAAGUAUGCUGAGGGACAUGAGACGAGUCCACAGGAGCUGACGGAAGCUGACAGGGGAGUUCUUCUGAAGCUGGGGAGGCUGGCGUUCGAACAGCUGGAGAAAGGAAACCUAAUGUUCUACCAAGAAGACCUGGAGAGCUGUGGUCUGGACGUCACAGAAGCCUCGCUGUACUCAGGAGUUUGUACAGAGAUCUUCAAAACAGAGAGUGUGAUCUUCGGGGGGAAAAAAGUCUACAGCUUCGUUCAUCUGAGCAUUCAGGAGUUUCUGGCGGCAGUCUACAUUUUCCACUGUUACACCAACAGAAAGGCACAUGUACUGGGCCGAGACGAUGAUCGAGACGAUGAUCGAGACGAUGAUCAAGACGAUGAUGAAGACGAUGAUUGGGACGAUGAUCAAGACGAUGAUCAAGACGAUGAUCAAGACGAUGAUCAAUACGAUGAUCGAGACGAUGAUCAAGACGAUGAUCAAGACGAUGAUCGAGACGAUGAUCAAGACGAUGAUCGAGACGAUGAUCAAGACGAUGAUGAAGACGAUGAUUGGGACGAUGAUCAAUACGAUGAUCAAGACGAUGAUCGAGACGAUGAUCAAGACGAUGAUCGAGACGAUGAUCAAGACGAUGAUCAAGACGAUGAUCGAGACGAUGAUCGGGACGAUGAUCGAGACGAUGAUCGAGACGAUGAUCAAGACGAUGAUCAAGACGAUGAUUACAACCAAGAUCUUCGUUAUUAUUAUACAUACUCUGUCUCAACUCUGGAUGACUUCCUGAAGAGAGCCACAGAAAAAUCCCUGAAAAGUAAAAAUGGCCACCUGGACCUGUUUGUUCGCUUCCUUCAUGGCCUCUCUCUGGAGUCCAACCAAAGACUCUUAGGAGGCCUGCUGGGUCAGACAAACAACAGUCCACACAUCAUCCAAACAGCCAUCAACAACCUGAAGAAGAUGAACAUGGACAAUGUAAUCUCUCCUGACAGAAGCAUGAACAUCUUCCACUGUCUGUUGGAGAUGAACGACCAAACAAUACAUCAGGAGAUCCAAGAGUUCCUGAAGUCAGGGAGCAAAUCACAGAAGGAACUCUCUGGGAUCCACUGCUCAGCUCUGGCCUACAUGCUGCAGAUGUCAGGGGAGGUUCUGGAUGAGUUGGACCUAAGGAAGUACAACACAUCAGAGGAGGGACAGCUGAGACUGAUCCCAGCUGUGAGGAACUGCAGAAAGGCUGUACUUCAUAACUGUGAGCUGUCAGACACUCACUUUGAAGUUGUGGCCUCUGCUCUUAAGUUCGAUCCCUCCCAUCUUAAAGAACUGGACCUGAGCAACAACCGUCUGCAGGAUUCAGGAAUGAAGCUGCUGUCUGCUGGACUGGAAAGUCCAAACUGUAGACUGGAAACUCUGGGAUUGGGUGAAUGCAGGUUGUCAGAGAUCAGCUGUACUUCUGUGGUCUCAGCUCUGAAGUCCAACCCUUCCCAUCUGAGAGCGCUGGACCUGAGCUACAGUCACAAUCUGCAGGAUUCAGGAGUUAAGCUGCUGUGUGAUUUCCUAGAGAGUCCAAACUGUGGACUGGAAACCUUGAGAUUGAGUUGGUGCAGUUUGUCAGAGAUGAACUGUGCUUCUCUGGCCUCAGCUCUGAAGUCCAACCCCUCCCAUCUGAGAGAGCUAGACCUGAGAGGAAACAACCUGCAGGAUUCAGACGUGAAGCUGCUGUGUGAUCUGAAGGAGAAUCCACUCUGUAGUUUGGAGACUUUGCUAUUGCAGUGACUGGACUGCUUUGCUGCUGCUCAGCGUCUCCACCUUCUCCUCUACCCGGGUUUUAUUUAUUGUGUCUUUUAUCCAUACAGAUAAUCUGAACUGGGAGAGACUCUGCAGAUUUUUUGUUCUAUGACAACAUAACUGUAGAUCAGGGGUCUCCAACAAGUAGCUCUCGAGCUACCGGGAGCUCGUGGAUAGGUUGACAAACUGAGACACAAAUUACCCCAAUAUUAAAAGUGAGGUAGCUAACUUUGUGGGCCAUAGACGUGUAAGCUGGUAAUUUUUUCUUGGACCGUGAUGGGAAUAUUUUCAGUGAUGUAGCUAUAACUAUGUGGGCUAAAAGAAGUGUAAAAUAGACAUGUACCUUGACAUGAAGUGAAGGUUUUUCAUAAGCUUUGGGUUUUGCAAUUUCAGCAAACAGCAGCUUCAUUCAGCUUAUGUGUGUUACGUAAAUAAAUGUAAGCGGUGUGAUGCAAGUA